UAUACGCCACCAGACUUCUUCAUAUACGGGUCGUGCUAUGUGUGUUCCAGAGGCCUUGACGAGCAUCCUUGACCUCCCAGCGCUUUGGCUUGCAGAUCGCAUGGCGUCACAUGCAAGAUACUGUGCUGUCUGCGACACAUGGUGGCCCAGCUUCAAGUCGCUGCCGAGGCCGCCCAUGCCACCGUCAUACCUCGCAUCCUCCUUGCAGAUAGGCUCUAUGCAUAUCCUACCAAGACCAUCGCAGGCUUCGUCCGUGGGUCGUGGCUCCCAGCAUCGUCUUCACCGAGCGCAUCUUCCUGCGACGUUGGUCCUCGGGUGAUCUUCCAUGGACUUCCUUCCUCCAUGACGUCGUCGGUACCUCGCUUCCUCCAUGUACUCGGUCCUUGCUUGCAGGUCACCAUGGUCAUGGCAGCGCUUCCGGGGCAAUGGCGUCCCACGUCGUCGCGGUCGCUCUCGAACCUUCCACGGGCAAUUGCCGACU